AUGGAGAAGGGAGAAAUGUACCGUGCACCGCCAUCGAGGGACGACUCGUACGUAGCUGAGUGUGCUUACCCUCGCUCGUCGAGAUCCGAUAGGAGGAAAACCCACGUUCAUGCGGUUGCUGACGACACGAUCCCUGAAAAACCAGCGAAGAGGUCCACAGGUGGCCGUAAAAGCAGGUCCAGGGGUUCUCGAGCGGCUCCAAUCGAUCCGAAAGCUGAUGAUUGUUGUCUAGAGGAGGAAGUAACGGCGGUGAGCGCCGAGGAAACCAAAACAAGGAAGCCGAAUGAGGAUAAGUCGCGAGAUUUGCGUCGCCGAUUGCGUUUCUGUUUCAAUUGCGGUGAAACGGAUCAUUUUGUGUGGACCUGUCCGAAUCCCCAUCGUGAUAUUUGCCCUCGGUGCGGUACUCUAGGCCUCACGGCUAUCACUUGUACGUGCCCGCAGCAAACCCUAUCGUCACCAGCGUCGGAAUUUGGAUUAUGUCACGUCUCGGACGAUGCUUAUUGGGACUUAAAGGUUGGUCGACCACGUCCGAUGGUAGUGAUCUGUUCGAAUGGGAAACGAAGUACCGCCAUUGUCGACACUGGGGCUAAAACUACGACUUUUGGGAGUUUUGCUGCAGAGAUAAUGAAUUCUGGAUGCUCAGUGCUCACCGAAGUAACUCCAACCUGA